GCAACAGCUGGCGUGUGCCCACCCUUUCCGGGGCCUUCACCAUGGAUUUGUGUCACCCAGAUGCAGAGGAGCUCAACAGCGGGGAGACGAAGGAGCUGGAGAAGAUCAAAUGGCACCGGAAGCAGCUUCUGGAGGACAUCCAGAAGCUGAAGGAAGAGAUUGCCGACGUGUUUGCCCAGAUUGAUUGCUUUGAGACAGAUGAGGAGAGCCGGAUGGUCCAGAAGGAGAAGGAGCUUUGCAUCGGGCGGAAGAAAUUCAACAUGGACCCCAUGAAGGGCAUCCAGUAUCUCACGGAGCACAAGUUGCUGAGUCCAGACUUCCGGGAAAUCGCCCAGUUCCUGUACAAGGGCGAAGGUCUCAACAAGACGGCCAUUGGAGUUUACCUGGGGGAAAGGGAUCCCGUCAAUCUACAAGUGCUCCAGGCUUUUGUGGACUGCCACGAGUUUGCCAACCUAAACCUCGUGCAGGCGCUCAGGCAGUUCCUCUGGAGCUUCCGACUGCCUGGCGAGGCCCAGAAGAUCGACCGGAUGAUGGAGACAUUCGCCUCCCGAUACUGUCUCUGCAACCCAGGUGUCUUCCAAUCCACAGACACCUGCUACGUUCUGUCCUUCUCCGUGAUAAUGCUCAACACCAGCCUCCACAACCCCAACGUGCGGGACAAGCCACCUUUCGAGCGCUUCGUGUCCAUGAACCGUGGCAUCAAUGGCGGCAGCGACCUGCCGGAGGAGCAGCUGCGGAACCUCUUCGACAGCAUCAGGAGUGAACCUUUCUCCAUCCCUGAGGAUGACGGCAAUGACCUCACCUACACCUUCUUCAAGCCCGACCGAGAGGGCUGGCUGCUGAAGCUGGGGGGGCGCGUGAAGACCUGGAAGCGCCGCUGGUUCAUCCUCACCGACAGCUGCCUCUACUACUUCGAGUUCACCACGGACAAGGAGCCGCGGGGCAUCAUCCCGCUGGAGAACCUGUCGGUGCGGCCGGUGGACGACCCCAAGAAGCCGUUCUGCCUGGAGCUGAGCCAGGCCGCGGGCGGGCGCGGGCAGCGCAUCAAGGCGUGCAAGACGGACGGCGACGGCAAGGUGGUGGAGGGCAAGCACCAGGCCUACCGCAUCUCCGCCAGCAGCGCCGAUGAGCGCGACCUGUGGAUCAGGGCCAUCCGAGCCAGCAUCACCAGCGUGCCCUUCUAUGACCUGGUGUCCGCCCGCAAGAAGAAGAUCGCCGGCAAGCAAUGAGCUUGGGGAUGCGAUUCUGGGGUGC